CAAGCGAGGGCGCAGGCGCAAGCGCCCAGCAGACGCAUGCGUGCUGAGUCUUGGCUCCUCAGCAUGGGUUCCUGCUUCCCUCUUCUGUCGCUGCUGUGGUUCCUCUUCAGCCCCAAGCUUCAGCUAGGAAACGCCCAGGCUCCUGCCAUGGUGCAGCUGCCAGGUGGGCGAUUUUUGAUGGGAACAGAUGCUCCAGAUGGCAAAAAUGGUGAAGGGCCUGCCCGGGAAGUGACAGUUAAAUCUUUUGCCAUCGAUGUAUUUCCAGUCACCAAUAAAGACUUCAGGGAGUUUGUCAGGGAGAAAAAGUACCAGACUGAGGCUGAGGCAUUCGGCUGGAGCUUCGUCUUUGAGGAUUUUGUCUCCCCUGAGCUGAGAAACCAAGCCAGUCAGAUGCCGUCUCUUCUAUGGUGGAUACCAGUACAAAAGGCAUUUUGGAGGCAGCCUGCAGGUCCCGGCUCUGGAAUCCGAGAGAAACUGGAGCUUCCGGUGGUACACGUGAGCUGGAAUGACGCUGGUGCUUACUGCUCGUGGAGGGGGAAACGGUUGCCUACAGAAGAGGAGUGGGAGUUUGCAGCCCGAGGGGGCUUGAAGGGUCAGCUUUAUCCGUGGGGCAACCGGUUCCAGCCCAACCGCACCAACUUGUGGCAGGGAAAGUUCCCCAAAGGUGACACAGCUGAAGAUGGUUUUCAUGGACUGUCACCAGUAAAUGCUUUCCCCCCACAGAACAACUAUGGACUAUAUGAUCUCAUGGGCAAUGUGUGGGAAUGGACAGCGUCCACAUACCAAGCUGCUGGCCAGGACAUGCGUGUCCUCCGGGGAGCAUCAUGGAUUGACACAGCAGAUGGCUCAGCCAAUCACCGUGCUCGGGUCACCACCAGGAUGGGCAACACUCCAGAUUCAGCCUCAGACAACCUAGGCUUCCGCUGUGCUUCCAGUACAGGCCGACUGAAGCAGGAUCUGUGAGCACCCAGGCAGAGAUGGAGAAAACUGCCCCAUCCUCAGUACUGUGUCUCCCUGACCAUGUUCCUGAAGCAGCUGGAUACCACCUUCUUCGUCAGUCUUGGGGAUGGCCUCCCUUUGAGCCCCUUCCCUCGGACCAACACCUCCUAAGGGCAGAACACUCAACCUUAAGAGGAGACUAUGGUAGCCUGGAAGAGGAGGGCCUGGAUGGCCAAGGCUGGGAGCUGGUGCUUCUCUGAAUCCCAGUCUAAAGGACAAAGGAAUCAAACACGUUAACCACAUUAACAUGUAGAGCAAUCCUCCAAAAGACAGUGGUUUUAAAUCUUUCCCUUUUGCUUCCUCCCUAUCUGAUUCAACUUUGACUCUUCCUGAGAAGGUCUGUAGAAGGAAAAACACUUCCUUCAUGACCUGGUGCCUGACGCGCUUCUGAAGAAACCUAACCUCCCUGUGUCAUUCGAAGCACGGUAUUCACCCUGUAGCACGGCUGGUCUCAAGCCCUCAGUCCUCUUACCUCGGCUUCCUCCGUGCUGGGACUGUACACAGGGCCCCGUGUUAGAACACUUUGGUAGAGCAAAUAAUUUACCAGGUGAAGCUGUGCGUUGUGGGAGUAACAAAGUCAGUACUCCUCUAGGAAGACAAAUGCCAGAAACUUCUCUGAGCACUAAACAUGUCCCUGAAGAAGAACUGGAUCUCUUUAGGUCAAUAAACUCUUCAUUUAUGUA